AUGAGCAACAUUACGGAUUAUAACGAGGUGUCCAGAUCUUACGAUUCUGUUAGGAAAGCUCCAGAUGCACACAUUCUAAAAGGCCUGAUGGAAAACUUAACUGGAAAGAAUACUGAGGAUUUGGAUAUCAUUGACAUUGGAUGUGGGACCGGAAACUACUCUGAAUAUUUCUUCCAAUUUGAACCAAGGAGUCUCUGCUUGAUGGAUGCCAGUGAGGGAAUGCUUAAUAAGGCUAAAGCGAAGUUAACAGCAUCGUGUAGGACCCAGCUAUCCUUCAAACAAGCAGUUCUACCAGUUAUUCCAUACGAAGACAAUUCGUUUGAUGCAGGGAUGAUAAAUCAUGUCUUGCAUCAUAUACAGAAGAAUCCUAAUGGCAAAUCAUUCCCAGCAGUAGUUCAAACACUGAAUGAGACUCACCGCAUCCUGAAACCAGGUGGUGUUUUAACAAUUAUUGCUGAAACACCGGAAAAUCUUGAAGGCAAUUGGUACACAAAUCUAGUACCAGAAACCACAAAAAGAUGGCGGAAUAUUCUUCCAACUCAUAAACAAAUAAAACGUAUGCUUGAAGAGUCCGGCUUCUCUUUGAAAUCAACUUAUAAAACAUUAAUGGCUUCAUAUCUUCCAAAUUAUGACAAUUUAGAGGGACCUCUUCAUGAGUCCUGGAGAAAUGUAAACUCUUUUUGGUCUCUUUGUACGGAGGCAGAAAUUCAAAAUAUGAAACAAAACUUGACGCAGAUAAAAAAUGAGGGGACACUUCAGGCAUACUUUGAAAAACAUGAUAAAAUUUAUUCUGUUGGAGCUUAUGACAUAUUUGCGGCAAUAAAAUUGUAA